AUGAAGAAAGGAGAGACUGUUAAUGCAUAUUUCGGCCGUACUCUUUCCAUUGCCAAACGCAUGAAAGCAUGUGGAGAGGUAGUGCAGGAGAGGGAAAUUAUGGGAAAGAUUCUCAAGUCUCUAGUCCCGAAAUUUAAUUAUGUUGUAUGUUCUAUUGAAGAGUCCAAUAAUGUUGACACUCUUACAGUCGACAAACUUCAAAGUAGUCUCCUUAUCCACGUGCAGAGAAUGAAGAACGUUGAUGGGGAAGAAAAAGUCUUACUGAAGGUGACUCAUGAAGUGAAAGCAGACAAAGGAAGGGGGAGAGGACGAGGAGGAGGCAGAGGAAAUGGAAGAGGAAAAUCAUUCAAUAAAGCUAAUGUGGAAUGCUACUGUUGUCAUAAUCUUGGUCACUUCCAAUAUGAAUGUCCUACUUUUGGAAAAACAAACAAAUUAUGUCGAGCUAGAUGA